AUGGCGCAAGCGCCGCCGGAACCAGGUGGCCAGCCGCCGGACGUGGCAAUGGAGGAGAAUGACAUCCCAAACCAUGUAGCGAAGAAACCUCGUUCAACCAAAAGAUCUUUUGCAAAUGCGGUGGCGUCUAUGAACAUCCCAGUUAUGGAGGAUACAAGUCGAGUUGAUGAUAAUGUCUGGGCUUUUGAGGAUCCCGAAAUCGACUCAGACUCAGACCUCGACGCGAUUGAUGCCAACGAUGACAGACCUCGGGUGAGGUUUUCUAAGGAACUACGUAAAGAACUCUGCAGUGCUUGGAAGAUGGCACUAAUCAUAACGUACUUGGGAAAGAACAUCAACUUUCACGUUCUUAAUCAGAGGCUCCCUACCAUUUGGGGUCUGCAGGGAAAGAUUACGCUUAUUGACAUCGGUUAUGGAUGCUUUGUCGCUCGGUUCGAUAAUAAGAAUGAUUAUCUCCAUGCGCUACUGGAUGGGCCGUGCAAGAUAUACGACAAUUACCUGGUGAUUCAGAGGUGGGAACCGGAGUAUAGACCUUGUACUGCAAAGCUGUCGAAAAUGGCGGUCUGGAUCAGGCUCCCAGAGCUGCCAAUGGAAUACUUCAGAGAUGAUACGAUUCGAAGCAUAUUAGAAAGUGUGGGAAAACCACUCAAGCUUGACAGGACAACCACCGUGGCAUCAAAGGGAAGGUUCGCUAGAGCGGCGGUGGAAGUUGAUCUUAAUAAACCCCUCGUCUCAGAGAUAUGGGUUCAAGACUCCGUCCAAACUGUUGAGUAUGAAGGGCUUCACAUUGUCUGUUUUGGCUGUGGCAUAGUCGGCCACCGGGAACAAUCUUGCCCCGCUAGCAAGACGACUACAACAGAUACUCCGAACAUGGAUCUUAAUGAAACGCCAAUGCCUGAGGCUGAGGGAGUGCCUCAGGUGGAUAGCUCGCCGUUCUCCCCCGAUAACGAACCAGAGUAA